AUGAACCUCAAUAUGUCUGAGCAGGAUAUUCACAAUUCCAACAGCUGCUACAUAGAAGGAGACAAAACACAUCAGCUUCCCAUGCACCUGAAAAAACAUUUCUUUGAGAACUCAGUGUCAUCCUAUUCCAGCAGGACCAUCGUUUCACAGUUUUUGGACAAAGCUACGAAGAAAAAUAACUCAACAGAUCAAGAGUUUUUCUUUUCGGCAAGGAAUAUGCACCAUUCCACCACAGAACCUUUUCAGGAGGACAGCAGCAACUGCUCCAAAGAUAGCAUACAGGAACUUGGCUCACCUUUCAGUCAGCACCUCACUGUGAAUAACAGUGAAGGGGAUCGAUUGCUUGACAAACACUUGCAAGCAAAGAGGGCAAGAGUUGAGAACAUUAUCCGAGGGAUGAGCAGUUCUCCAAACACCAUCCACCUCAACAGUGAGCUUGAGAGGGACUGUGGCCAACGGCAUGUAAGUUUGGGAGACAAAUACAAAGAGAAUAAACGGAAGCAGAGACUUCCUCAACAGCAGCAAAAGCGGGAGGAGAAUCCCAGGAAAGUUCCCAAAUUAACUUCAUCCCUAAAGAAGCACAGGCAAGAUGAGUGCCAUCGAUUGAAGCAGCAGCUGCAGGAUAUGCAGGGAAAACUCCUUGAACUGCAAGAAAAGUUUUUCCAGGUAUAUGAUGCCAGUGAAUCAGAACAAGAAGACCAGGAGGACAUAUCGGAUUGUAGCUUCCACUUGGGUGACCGUGAUUGCAGUGUAGACAAUGGAGAAAAUACUCCAGAAAGAUACCUUUCAGACGUGGACCAAGGUCUUUCUAUUGACUAUGUUCAAUCAUUUGGCCAAGAGGAAGAACUGACAACAGGCAAGGAUGUGAACAAACAUCAAGAUAUAGACAGAAAAUUUAACAAUCAUAAUCAUUUUUCUUUCUCUCUUGUCAAGGGUGAAUAUCUCGCAGAGGCCCUUAAAUAUGAAUUAACCAAUGCAGUGGCUCACAUUGUAGACUCAGCAGUGCAGUUGUUCUCUGUUAAACCUUCAAGUAUCUCUUCUCGAUCACUUCAAAGCUUGCCAGCCUCUCAGCCCAAGAGUGUUACACCUAAUGAGAACACAAACUUAAGGACUGCCAGUCAUGAGUUUCGGUGCCCUCAAGAUUCAAUGAUGAUGCACAGAUAUUUUGACAACUCUCAAAACACUCAUACCCUUGAUAUUCAGGAUCAGACAGAAGCAAUUCCACUGGUAGUGAGAAAAUCAUCCCAAAACCAACCUAGCAUUGUUAGCCCAGUUAUUAAACAAGCUUGCCACAUGGCUAAUAUCAAGCCACCUUUAACAUUAGCUCUAGGUUCGCAGAUGCCUCUGACAGAAUUGUCUGAGCCUCUAUUGAGAUAUGAAGUGCACAGUGACAUAGGACAUAGCGUCUCAGCUACAGCGAAGGACACUGCAUCUUCUGAAUCAACACAUCUUUCAUGGGACACAGUCAAACUGAGGUCAAAGGUUACCUCACAUCAUACAGUAAAUCAGCCGUACCCAUACUAUCGUCAAAAUCCAGCAGAGAAUAUUUGUCUUUCUCGCAUCAAGUCUGAAUGUGGAGAAUUGCAUUCCAUGGCAGAUGUCACUCCAUACAAAUCAGUUAACAUUCAAGAGGGACUGACACCCAAUCACCUGAAGAAAGCCAAGCUGAUGUUCUUCUAUACCCGUUACCCCAGCUCAGCCACACUGAAAACAUACUUCCCUGAUGUUAAGUUUAACAGAUGCAUCACAUCUCAGCUCAUCAAAUGGUUCAGCAACUUUCGAGAGUUUUACUAUAUCCAGAUGGAGAAGUUUGCCCGACAGGCUGUAAACGAUGGCACGACCAACGCCAAUGACCUAAAAGUUACGAGAGACUCCGAACUAUACCGUGCACUCAAUGUGCACUACAACAAAGCCAAUGAUUUUCAGAUUCCCAAGCAGUUUUUGGAAGUUGCGGAGGUGACACUUCGAGAAUUUUUUAACGCCAUCUAUUCUGGGAAAGACUCAGACCCUUCCUGGAAGAAAAGCAUUUAUAAGGUGAUCUGUAAACUGGACAGCGAGGUCCCCGAAGCAUUUAAUUCUCAGGGGAGCCUGCAAGACAUCCUGUAUAAUUAG